AUGAAUAAGAAACAGCUACAAACGCUAUGGCGUUCCCAAAGACCCUUUUCGUAUAGUGCAAGCCGUGCAAAAGACUUGGACCCGCUCAGACCAACCAAGUCCCAGCUUCUUGAGGGAGCCUCCUCGAAGCUUUCGCGUUUUUGGAUUCACAUCAAGUGGCCCUUGACAAGAAACAAUAGACCUUUUUCGAUUGAUGACUUUUCCGCCUUCGCCUCCUGGCUCGUUAUGGGUAACAUUCUUUGGAUCGUGUUGGGUACAACCACUUUUGGCUUGGUGACAAUGUACUCUAUCCAUACCUUUGACACCUUCUGGAAUACCAUAAGUGGAGAUGAGGAUGAUGAUAACGAAGAUGUAGCUCCGCAGGCCAAGGACAAAACAUUUCUAUCUUAUCUUGCGGGGUCCAUUUUAUCACAAGGUUUUGGUAUGAGACUUGUCUUCGAGAAAGGCAGUGUGUUACCCGAACUCUCUGACGGAAUGCUCAAAUUCAGAAACGUGAAGGUAGUGUCUUCUGAGAGAGACGAAAACUUCAGGAUUUUUGCAAAGAUUCAAGAACUCAAUAUGACCCUAUCAUUCAAGAAGUGGUACGAGGGUAAUGGUCUCAUUGACGACGUUGAAAUUUUCGGUAUGCAUGCGAAGGUCUUGAGAAAGGACGACUCUCUUGCACCCAUUAGUACAGAAGAUAUCGCCGGUGAUCAAAAUACUCUCAGCUCUAUGGCAAUGUCCAUGAGCAAAUAUGACACACACAAUAUUCAUAAUGACUUCUCUGAGCACAAAUACGAGGAGCUCAAGGCCGUUGCUCAGAGAAAAUCCCCUCUUGUUUCUCCUAACUAUCAGCUAGGCCAUGUUAGGGUUCACGACUCCUUCAUUGAGAUCUUUGAAAAUCAUGACACCAUGCCUUUUAAAGUUACAAUCUUCAAUUGCGAUCUUCCUCAAUUCCGUGGUGAUCGCCUAAUUGUCGACUUUUUUAAUGCUAAUAAUGUCACUGGAGCUGUCAACAACUCAAUGUUCACCAUUCACAAGCAUCAAACUUUCACCGAUGAGAAUGUCGUGAGAUUCAAGCUUGAUAGCAUCGAUAUGGAGUCAAUUUCUAAGGCAAAUCCGCAACUGAAAUUCAAUUGGAUUGUAAAUGGAAAAGCUGAAAUCCUUGCUGACAUCCGCCUUCCUGAGACUAAAUCUAAGGAUGAAGGAAGCUUUUUCUCUUCGAUAUCAUUUCAACAGGUGUGGAAUGAUCUUAAGACAGCAACUUCAUCUCCUCGCGAUGCAGCUGAAGGUGAUGACAGCAACGACAGUUUGAUAAAAGGUGCCAUUGCGGCAAUUUACGAAACGUUCAGAAAGAACAAGGAGACAAAAAGCGAGGACUUACGAAACGAAAAUGAGUAUGUCAUUGUUAAUGUCAAGGUCAAAUUCAAAAACAUCAAGGCAACUAUGCCGAAGCAUUUGCCAAUGGCCACAUCCACUGCACUUCCUUUUGUAACGCUUCACAAUUUAAGAGCGUUGGUCGGUUUUGUCAAUAGCCUCGAGAAGGACAAGAGCGAUUCGAUUCUCAUAAAGACAACAGUGAUAGAAAAACUCGCUGAUUUGUACAACCUUGAUAACAUCACUCAGACACGUAUAUUUGAUGCAAUCGUGGCAGACAUUUAUGAUGAUUUAUUGAAGGACAUCAAGUUGGAUGAGAAGCGCAUUUUGGAGGAAAAGGCCAAUUCUUGGUCCCACACGGUGGCCAGUCAACUCCUAUUGCUUGGACUUGGAGUUCUCGCCUAA